AAGGUUUAAGGGACAUUUAUGCCUGUUUGAAAUUACAUAACGUUUUCAUAUAUUUUUACGUUGCACGUAUGUAAUAUAAACAUACAAUCCCGUAUAUCGAAAGGCAAUUGUAAAGUAAAUGUCAGUUUUCUGUUUCCUCACAAGGUGGCGCUUCAGGUAGGUGGGGAAUCUCAUUCUUCAUCAUCACAGGAAUGUUUAAGUCAAGCAGCAUCAUCAUCAGCAGCAGGUGCACGCGCAUCACUGUCUGUUCUCAUGGAGUUAAAAACAGCUGUAUGAUUCACCUGCACGACAUCAAGCAACGGCGUUUGAUUGACUUUACACUUGUGUGUUGCGGAUGUUAUAAGGAUGGAGAAAGCUCAGUACGGAUCCCUGGAUCAGACCGAGCACUGCGGACACGCGCUCAAACAAGCUGAAGAAGAUGUGGUCUCUAUGGCUGAUUCCACCAUUACAGUGGAGGACAUCGAGGGGGAGUUGUUUAAAAUCGAGAGAAUAAAGGAUGCGCUGGUCCGGAAAGAGUCUGAGCUGAGAUACAUGAUGGAUGACAUCCAGUUGUGUAAGGAGAUCACAAGACUCAAAAAGGAACUUCAGAAACUGGUUUCAAUCCCAGAUAAAGACAAGUCCAAUGAGGACAGACAGCGUGAGGAAGAGCUGCUGCAGCAGAUCCAGAAGCUGGUGGAGACGCGAGACUUUCUGGUGGAUGACAUGGAGUUCGAGAGGCUGAGAGAAAGAGAGGAAGAUAAAGAGAUGGCUGAUUUCCUGCAAACUAAAUUUCCCAACAGGUGCAGCAUGAAACGUCGCACAAAGGACAAGCGAAUGACGUCCAGAGCCCAGCAAACCUACGUGACCAAAACAGGCGUCACACUGCUGAAAGAAUGCUGUGGUUUUACCUGCUCCAUCAUGUAGGUUUAUUAACAUAAACCAGGAGGAAACAAGCACUCGCCAGUGAUUCAUCACAAUAUUUCCGUGCACACUUUUGGUAAAACAGAAUGCAGUGCAUGACCGCCCAACAGAUGUGCGUAUUAUGCAGAAUAAUGAACCUAAUGGAAGAAUCAUCCAAAUUAAGUUUUAUCAGUGUAAUUAGGUGACACUGUGUGUCCAUUUCCACAAUUAAAACCGGAGCUGCUUUAAAGAUGACAACUUGCUCAGACUAAAGUACCUGUAGCUCAUACAGUAUAGUGUGUGUUAUAAUAUACUGGUGUAAUAUUGCAUCCACCGCUGGCCGAACCACAAUGAAUGUCAUCGCAAAUACACCACAUUGUCCUUGGGUGUGUUAUAUAAAGCUGACUCACAGUUUCAAAUGCCAACUUGGCACAUAUAACAGAGAGAGUAAAAGAAGAUAUUUGGACAGGAUCAGGAUUAGUAUAAAAUACUUAAGUACAUCUGUGUUUAGGAUAUAAAAGAAAACUAUUUUCAUUUUGAUGUGCAUUUAAAGUUGUAAGAUGUGAGUAAAUGUUUUACAGUGUCUGAAGAUAAAAUAACAAACUUUAGAAAUUGUUUAACCUCCUAAGACCUGGUGUGUCCACAUACCAAGACCUGGUGGGUCCAUAUACCAAGACCUGGUGGGUCCAUAUACGUGGACAUCACAUUUUUGUUGUUGUUUGCACCAUAAUACUUAAUUCUGUGUAACUGGAACAUGUUGUACACAAACAUGGACAAUUACACCGCUUCAUGUUCAAAGAAAAAUAUUUUAUUAUAUUUAUUAGUUCUUCCUAACCCCAAAUCUGGAAGAAAUUUAAAACGCAAGCCAAACCAAAGCUCAGGUCUUAAGAGGUUAAAGACUUUGGAUCUACUUGAAAGCAGUUUAUCUGAAGUGGGACUGCCAAAAAGAUUUACUGCGUUUCCAAAUGCUGCACCUUUUUAAUCUUACUUGUUAACUAAAUUACUAAGUUUUGUUUUUGUGGUGCUCAGUUUGUUUUGACAUGAAUGUCGAUGAUUUGUGACUAUAGGCCUGUAUUUUUCCUCACUGUAAUGUGAUUUAGUAUUCUUUACAAAUUAUAUAUUUGUGAUGCGUAAUAUUUAAACUAAACAGUGUUGAUUCAAAAAAACAAAAAUCUAUUUUGUCUUUACCUUAAAUAAAUUGGUGAGAAAUGUGUACUAAUAAAUGCAACCUAUUGAAAUAUAAUGCAAAUAAGGACAAAAGCUGCAAUGUACUGUACAGUAGAUGUAUGUGGUUUGGUUCUGCAAAAUUAUAUUUGUGCUAAUGCUUCUAUUAUUAGAUUUUCAUGCAUCUAAAUGAUAUUUUUCCACCAAUAAACAUAAAUAA